ACAGACGCGUUUCGAUCGCGUCGCGUCGCAAGUCUCCUCUAAGCCUCAAUUGUUUCACUUUCUCCUUGAGAUAAUCCGCACCUACUAGCCACCUACCGAAUCUUUGUCGACAUGAUAAUACCGGUCAACCUGCCUAUCGAACCCACAUCAUUCUCAACCGUGACUUUCCCUCCUGCCCUCGCACAAUUUGGCUCGGAUGAAAUGGUUCUAAUAGAACUACAAGGCUCAUUAGAGGUGGAGGGGAACAACGUGGGUCAGACAGUUGGCAAGCUUAGCGUGGACAAUACGACGAAAAAACCAACUCUUCUCAUAGGAUACCAUUUACUUGAGGGCAAGCUUGUCAACCUCCCAAAACCGAUUGCAAUACUACACCGGCCACCACCGUUGGAAAGCUCAUCAGCCAAUGAUGAUUGCAUACCAGACGAUGGUGAGGACAAGACACCACCCACGAGCUGGGAUAUAGUUGCGGUGGUGAAAAGAAAAAUGGUUUUCGCGAAGAGGCCGAUGCCAAUGGUUGGAAAGGUUUCUGAUGUUGCAAGUGUCAGUCUUGGGAAGAACAUUGGAUGAUGCUAGUGUAUGUUGCAAGCAGC